CAGCACUCUUUAGCGCGCAUCCUCCCUCCUCUCCCCCCCAUCUCUUCCCCUGCUCUCUCUCUCUCUCUCUCUCUUUCUCCUUCUUGCUGAGCGUCAUGACCACUGCACUGUCUGCGCUAUCCCUGCCGAUAUCUCUCUGCAAGCCGCCUCGAUUUUCCUCGAGAAAGAAGUUGCAGGGGGGCAGAGUGGUAAGGGUAGGCGUGUUUGCGGUGGUGGGGGAGGUGGAUGGUAGCAGCAUCGAGAAGAAGAGUGGCUUGCAUCCUCUCUUCGAUGUGGAGGAUCCGAGGCCGAGGGUCUUCCGGUCCAAGGGCAAGUUCCUGGACAUGAACCAGGCGCUUGAGGUCGCCCGUUAUGAUAUUCAGUACUGUGAUUGGCGAGCUCGGCAAGACGUGCUCACCAUCAUGUUGCUUCAUGACAAGGUAGUGGAUGUUCUCAAUCCUUUGGCACGUGAAUACAAGUCAAUUGGCACAGUGAAGAAAGAGCUUGCAGAGCUGCAAGAAGAUCUUGCAGAAGCCCAUAAACAGGUUCACAUAUCUGAAGCAAGAGUUUCAGCAGCUCUGGACAAGCUAGCCUUCAUGGAGGAGCUCGUGAAUGAGAGCCUGGUGCAAAAACAAAACAUCCCAGAAUCUGAUAGGUUGUCACUCUCUCCAAGCACUUCAUCAGCAUCUAAUGACAUCGCCAAACCCCGGACCGCACGAAGAAGUUUGAAUGUGUCAGGACCUGUACAAAAAUAUCAUCCAAGAUUAAAGAACUUCUGGUAUCCUGUGGCUUUCUCAGAUGACGUUAAAGAUGACAAUAUGAUUCCGAUAGACUGCUUUGAGGAGCCAUGGGUGUUGUUUCGUGGGAAAGAUGGAAAAGUUGGCUGUGUCCAAAAUACAUGUGCUCACAGAGCUUGUCCUCUUCAUCUUGGUUCUGUAGUUGAUGGCAAUAUCCAGUGCCCUUACCAUGGUUGGGAGUUUUCAACUGAUGGCAAAUGUCAGAAAAUGCCAUCAGCAAGGUUGCUGGAUAUACGAAUAAGGUCUCUACCAUGCUUUGAACAGGAUGGAUUUGUGUGGAUCUGGCCUGGAGAUGCACCUCCUGCAGCCACCCUUCCUUCUUUGAAACCUCCACCAGGAUUUGUGAUCCAUGCGGAGAUAACAAUGGAGAUACCUAUUGAGCAUGGGCUGCUUAUAGACAAUCUUUUGGAUCUUGCACAUGCACCAUUCACUCACACAUCUACCUUUGCAAAAGGAUGGAGCGUACCAAGCCUAGUGAAGUUCCUAACACCGGGAAAUGGACUACAAGGGCAUUGGGAUCCAUAUCCAAUUGACAUGGAGUUCGGGCCACCUUGUAUGGUAAUAUCAACCAUCGGAAUUUCUAAGCCAGGGAGGUUGGAGGGACAGAACACGAGGCAGUGCUCCACCCAUCUACAUCAACUCCACGUGUGUCUGCCUUCAACCAGGCAUAAAACACGACUUUUAUACAGGAUGUCUUUGGAUUUUGCUCCAUUUCUCCAACACCUUCCCUUCAUGCAAAUUCUGUGGAGGCAUUUUGCAGAAAAGGUCUUAAAUGAGGAUCUAAGGCUUGUGGAAGGUCAGCAAGAGCGGAUGAUCAAUGGGGCAAAUGUUUGGAACUGGCCUGUGGUAUAUGAUAAGCUUGGAGUAAGGUACAGAAUAUGGAGAGAUGCACUUGAAAGAGGCAACAAGAAGCUUCCAUUCGAGAGGUCCACAGAGUGAAAACUUCCAAAGAGUAGCUCAAAUUCCCACUUAUUUGGAAGGGACGGUAAGAUUCAUUCUUCAUGUAGCUCUAGAUAAUAUGGAUUUUCCUGCCUUUGAAGUCUGAUUCACAGGAGUCCAUAAUUCACUUCCUGGAAGGGCAGCAUCAAAAUUUCUUUCCCUCAAAGGAAAUUGUAUAUGGGUUAAGGUUGCAAGUAAUUUGCGUCUUAAUCGUCUAGAGUAUUUUCAUGUACAGUGCCUAUGCUGAUUUUUCUUCCUUUUCACCCUUUUAUCACCCCAUCUGAAGCUUCAACGAGGCUUAUUCCCUUUUGUAUGUGAACUGGAAAAAUAUUUGGCAUUAUCAUGUCGAUGGUUAAAUUUGAUAGUACAAAUGAAAAUUAUUCUUGAUUCACCUCCUUA